GUUAAUGUCAGUUUAGUAUUUUAUUUACUUCAUUGUGUCAGUUAACAUGUGGGAACCUUGAUGUUAGGUUAUUGUUAUUACACAAACGGUUUCUUUUGUGAGAAGUGUUGUGGUUGUAUUUCCUAUAAAUUUAUGAUCAGUAAUUUUUCGUGUUUAGUGGCGUGUUCGGAUUCUAGUAAGGAUUGUGGUACAGUUUAUUGACAAGAUUCACUACGUGCCAAGCAUGAGAGUUUUUGAAAAAUGGUAGGAAUAAGUUUUUUUAAAGUGGUUUUUGUGAAAGGAACAUAAGCAAUAGUGCCACAUGGAAGACAGAAUGUCAGCGGUUCCUUUAAUGGCUCUGCACAACAGUUGUAACCGUGCUGAUGGAGAGGCGAGAGACUCUGAUCAGUUAUCCGAUGAUGAUCCUCUAGAGAGUGUUUUGGCGAGAAUAGUGGACAGGCCGAAGAGUUACCAUGCCCGGGAGUUCUGGUCUGGAUUGAUUUUUUCGUUAGUGAUUGGCAUUGUGGCCGGCUUUGUGUUCAGCUAUGUGGUUUUCGUGAGCAUAGACAAGAAUAACAAAGUUACAGUCAAAACCAGUGAACACUCUAACUUGCAGAUAGCGUUGUCUGCUAUUGUAGAGCGAGUUACGUCAAAGUCAGUCGCCAGCUACCUGGAAAAACUUCGAACACUCACGGAUAAAUCUGACGAAAGUUGGAACCACAGACAAGCCGAGUUGAUUCGCCAACAUUUCAAAGAGCAAGGUUUCGACAUAGUCUCACCAAUUCAGAGCUCUGCUAUUAUGCUCACGUAUGCCAAUCCGGACAGGCAGAAUACUGUGUUAAUUGUGGAUAAAAGGGAUUCUCUGUACAACUGCACCCAUUUAGUUAAGGAAUCUCCAUUCAAACAGAAUGUAAAAUUGCUGUCGAAGGUUGUGGAGGGUGAUCUGGUUUAUAUAAACUUUGGCCGAGACACUGACUAUGAUGUUUUGAAAAUGAACAAUAUUGCUAUUGAGAACAAAAUAGUUCUUGCAAGGCUGGGAACUUCGUCUCCAUUGGAGUUGGUGUUCGAGGCGCUGAGGAGAGGCGUGGCGGGAGUCUUGCUGUUCGCCGACCCCCAGCAGUAUGCUGGUGCCGUCGACGCGUCCCUGUGGCCCCUGUUCACGCCCGCCCAGAUGGCGCUGCUUCACCUGCUCAACAGCGAGAACAUUCACGAGGACGUACAGAGUGAAGAUAUGUCGUCUGCAGAGUGUGUACCUGUUCAGGUUGUGUCUGCAGAAUAUGCCAAAAGAUUAUUCGAGGAAAUGAAGACAGACCAGGAUGAGAGGGUGCCCGAGGAUUGGCGGGGUGAUCUGAGCGAGUACCACUUCCAGUCGUCCCAGACACGGCUGUCCCUCAGGCUGGAGGUGAACACAGUGAGUGUGGAGAGGAGGUUCUACAACGUCAUUGCAGGGAUAAAGGGCGUUCAAGAGCCAGACAGGUACGUGAUGGUGAGCUCCAGCCGCAACUCUGUGGAAGGCGGCGACCACGCCAAGUACUCGGGUGGAUCUGCUGCCAUGAUGGAGCUGGCCAGAGUCUUCAACAUGCUGAGAACCACUAGAGGCUGGCGGCCGCGGCGCUCGAUGCUGUUCUUCAGCUGGGGGCUGGCUCUCGCGGAGGCCCACUACACGUCGCCGCUCAUCAGCGAUGACUGGCUGUCCGUGCUGGACAACACGGAGGUGGCGUACGUCAGCGUCAACGCUCCGGUCACGGGGAAUGAAAUGCUUCUCGUCCACUCUUCCCCGCUGAUGUUCAAGGUGCUUCGUGACGCGAGUGCUCUGGUGCCGAACCCAAGUCCUGCAGAAGUGGCUGCAGGCAGGACGACUCUCGCUGACAGUUGGCAACAGCUUGCAAACAUAACUUUGCCAGACAGUGAUGACUUCAUGCAUACAAUGAUACAUAAUGAAGGCAUUCCUGGUAUUGAUUUCUCUUUUACCAAUUCAAAAUCUCAGCCCGGUGACUUAGCGGAUCCAGAGCUGCGGUACCUCAAGGCCGUGACGCAGCUGUGGGGGGUGCUGCUGGUGAGGCUGGCCGAGAGCCCCGCGGUGCCCUUCAGUCCCCUCGACUACGCAGACUUCCUGAACCACUCCCUGGCGACCACGGAGGGGAGGUUCAGCUACGCCAUCCAGUCGCACGCGCUGCACCUCGACCAACUAAGAGCUGCCAUUAGUGAGUUACGAGCAGCAGCAGUUACAUUCCAGGGUAGGAUGGAGCAUGCUGAGAGCCUAGAUCAAUUGCAGCUGAGGAUAUUGAAUGAUCAGCUGCUACAGUUUGAAGCAAUGUUUGUCAAUUCAGAGUCAUACGAAGACAGACUGGCACUGGGCCUCAACAGGCACACAGUUUUGGAGCCACCAAAAGAAUUGAGCGAGCCCGUUGUGGGAUUUGGAAGACUGCAGGAGCUGUUGAACGAGCUGUUGUGGAUGCACGAUACCACCUCGCUCAAGGAGUACAUCUCUCUGCUCACCAUUAGCGUCGAGCGGGCGAAACACAGGCUGACAGGUCCCCUUAAUCUGCCUUCCUCAUAGGACCGACUGAACAUUUAACAGUGUUGUAUCAACUUUGAAGAUCUGAGUCACAAAACAUAAAAUUUUAGUAAUUUUUUUUGUAAAUAUAAUUUAUGUUUGUGUAAGUAUAGAAAACUAUUGUAAUUUUGUGUAUUUGAAAAAAUAAUUAUUUAUCAAA